GUCAAACUAAAUCGGCGCGCGGUGUUCAAAAUUUUGCCCUAAUUUGCUACUUUCCAAUGGGCGUUGGGAGCAGUACGCCUUCUUUCUUGUCUGCCAGUGAAUUUUUGAAGAGAUACGUGAGCGAACAGGUAGUUGCAUCAGAUGACGCCAUGUUUAUGGAGUUUUCUACAUUUUCCUGGGGUCGUCAUAUCUCUGAGGGCGUGGAAACAAUCGAGCCUUCAUUGCUGGAUGAAUUCAGAAAGAACAACCUGAACACACAUAACCUUUCGUCUUUGAUGAAAUUCAUUAUUUCUAAGGGAACUGAGCUCAUCGGCGUUUGUGAUUUCCCCCCAGUGAUACUGCAUUGCUAUCAGCGCUACAGAAUGCAUUUCUGGUUUUCAAACUUUCCGUCAUGUGUUUGCUGGAGGGCACCACUGAAGAAGGAUUUUUGAGUCACCUAAGUACUGACUCAUCUGAUGCGUCCUCCCUGAUGGAAUGCUUCCUUCAAGUACUGCUAAAUUUGAUUGUAAAUAUCAACAUAGCGAACGAUACAUACCCUCUGCAUUGCGAAGUGGUCACCACUCUCAUAGUUCUUCUUGCGCGACAAAUGCACCAGACUAUUUCUUCACCUUUGCCUCUGGUGUUCUGCUGUCUUCUGGGGGGUAAAUGUGCCUCCAUGGCUCCUGCUGUUGUUGCUCGGCUACUGAGGAACUUUGCUGAGGAUCUGCCACCGCCACCAGGAUUUUUAGGUUACCCAGCUAAAUCCGGCAUUGUGUGGAGGGCCGCUCGCUCUUUGGUAGGUGGCUUGUGGACUGUGGUUACUUUAGGAUACUCAUCUCUUCCUCAAAGUAACACCUACCCCAAAUCAAUCUCGACGGAACCGACGAAGUCCUCCGUGGGACCUCCGAUGGACGAUUUGUUAACUUCAGAUUCACCCACCCCUUUGUUUCUUUCUGACGAAUGUCGCACUCUUUCCAAUCUUAGCACUCUUCUCUUGCUGGUUUUAACUGCACAGGCCAGUUAUACCGCUAGAUGCUGUAAAUCUCAAACAGAAUCCAACCUAACUUCUCAACCACCUCUGAAUCCUUAUCGGGUCGCCUUAUUCUCUAUAAAAAACCUUAAUCGUAAAGUCGAAGGUUUCCCAAAGUCUGCCACCGAAAACGAUCAUGUAACCGGGCCUCGAUCAAGCACGGCUACCUUAAGAGGUGUUGUAUCGGUUGACCAUCCAGACGGUGCCGCUUACCCGAUUGAUUUCCCCGCUAUCCGCGAUACAGCAGCACGGAUGCUUCAAAAGGAUAGCACCACAUUAUUGUUGUACCUUCUUAUACAUCGGAAUCCUCAUUUCGGAUCCUUUCUCCUUGACGACAAGAAUUACAACAAACUGUUGUUGCCCUUAUUGAAUAUUCUCUAUCGGUCUCCUGCGGAUAGUUCUCAUCUGGUCUACAUGGCGCUUAUUAUCCUACUUAUUUUGACGGAACACCCCCGAUUUGCCGAGGAAAUACACACCACAACAAUCAGCUGGGUCAAAUGGUCUUCGAAUCGCCAGUUGUCUUCGAUCUCCUACGGCAGUCUUGUCUUGUUGGUUCUGUUCCGAACUAUACGACUUCACCUGAACCAUUUGAAGGAUAAAUACCUCUACGUAAAUCUUCUGGCAUCCUUGGCGAAUCUCUCUGCUCGUGUGACGAACAUGCAUCCCUAUGUGAGCGACUGUUUACUGAAUCUGUUACAGUUGCUCGCAAAAAGGUACAAUCGAGCCGUGGAACAUAUCCGCCAACCUUCUUCACAGGGCGAACCUUACUUGGAUAGCGCACUCUCAUCUUGCAACUCCGGAUCCUCGCGGAAUGAUUCUGAUCGGUCUCCUGAAGAAACGAUGAUGCAGGAGUUGUCUCUGCUCGAGGAGGUCAUCCGUAUGUUGCUGGAAAUUCUGAACUCAAUCUUGACUCACGUACUAUCUCACAACACCAACCUGAUCUAUUCACUUUUGUACAAGCGCGACUGUUUGGACUCGCUCCGACCUCAUCCAUCUUUCCAAAGUGUGGUGCAAAACUUGGAUACCAUCUUAUCCUUUUUCUCAACAAAAAUAGAACAAGAGUUGGGCGAAAAUCCAACGUCUCCCACUGCCAUCAUUGCCUUGAUCAACAAACAUUCGCCCAACAUUCACCGACAUUGCAGUUUGAAGAAAUUCCCAAACUUAAAAUUCAAAUACGUCGAAGAGGAAUCUCCUGAUGAGUUUUUUAUUCCCUACGUUUGGUCCAUUGUGUUGCGUCAAUCUGGUAUAUCAUUCCAAACGGGCGCCCUCUGUCUGUUCAAUUCAGGUGUAGUGAAUCUGGAAGGAGAAUCGAACCGCUCCAAUGAGCAAAAAGAAGCGAAUCUCGUUUCGUCGAUUGCACCAUUUUCCGGACACGAUGCAGAAGCUUGA